AUGGGCGACCCAGGACCAGGCUCGACACCCGCGACUCGACCCUGUCGGAUUGCCAACUGCUCCGGAGCACGUGGCGAUCCAGGGUACCAGAUGCGGCGCCAGGCCACUUAUGGACCUGUCGACUUCAUCACUGGCGACUAUCUCGCCGAGAUGAAUCUGGCUGAAAAUGCGGAGAAGAUGGCAGCGGGUAAGCAUGAUGGCUGGGAACCGACUGCCUGGGACGGCCUUGAGCAGACACUAGAUGUCAUCAAGGAGAGAGGAAUCCGGAUCAUUAUUAACGGUGGAGCAUUGAAUCCAAAGGGUUUGGCGAAGAAGGCGCAGAAGUUCGCCAGUGACCGAGGUCUGGACCUGAAGAUCGCCUAUGUGUACGGUGAUGACUUGGUCGAGGAAGUCAGAACCAGUCUCGAGAAGACAGGUAAACUGCCACAGCACCUGGACGGAGAGAACAACAAAGUCUCGCUGGCAGAACAUGCGACCGACUUAUUGGACACCAAGGGGAAGCCUAUCGUGAGUGCAAAUGCAUACCUAGGUGCACGGGCCAUUGUCAAAGGCCUCGAGCUAGGUGCCGAUGUCAUUAUUUGCGGAAGAGUUGCAGACGCGUCCCCAGUCAUCGGAGCAGCUUGGUACUGGCACAAGUGGUCGGAUACAGAUUACGACCGACUGGCCGGAGCACUAGUGGCAGGGCAUCUGAUCGAAUGUUCGGCCUAUGCGACAGGGUCGAAUUUCGCGGGCUUCGAUGAGUACCCUCUUGAGACUUUUGUGGAUCUAUCAUUCGGGAUCGCAGAGAUUGCAGAUGACGGGACCUCGGUCAUCACCAAGCACGACGGGACCAACGGCCUAGUCAAUGAAGACAAUAUGAAGUGUCAGUUCUUAUACGAGCUUCAGGGAGGCACAUACCUGAACUCAGAUGUCUCUGCCGACACGACAAACAUCAAAAUCGAGCAAGUCGGCAAGGACCGAGUCAAGCUGUCAAACAUUAGAGGAUACCCACCUCCUCCAACCACGAAGUUGGCUAUCUUUUACCAUGGAGGUUACGAGGCACAGAUACUCACCAACGCCACCGGGUAUGCCACAGCUGAGAAAUGGAAACUUUCCGAGAUGCAGAUGCGGCAUGCACUCAAAGAGAGGGGUCUCAUUGAUCAGUUCCAGCUGCUGGACUUCCAGAUCCUGGGCACUCCACAGGCAAACCCGAGAUCGCAGUUCUCCAGCACCACGUACUGCAGACUGUUCAUCCAGGCCGACACGGAGGCCGCCAUAUAUGGACUGUUGAAAGUGAUGAGCGAAAUCGGGAUGCAGCAUUUCUCGGGCUUCCAUCUCUCUCUGGACCUCCGAACUGCACUUCCCAAGUCUUACCUCGCUUUCUACCCGGCUCUGUACCCGCAGAAUGAUUUGAAAGAGGGCGUGGCCAUCCUGGCCGCGGACGGAACAGAUGCGCAAACUGCAGACGCUGGACACCCUCCACAGUAUCAGAAACUAGCACCGCGUGAAAAUUAUGAGACCGCACAGCCCGUCGACCUCGCUUCCUUUGGACCCACGCGCAAAGCUCGUCUCGGAGACGUGGCCCUCGCCCGCUCAGGAGAUAAGGGAGCGAACAUCAACUUUGGCAUCUUCGUCCGUCGCCCCGAGCACUACCCCUGGCUGCAGACAUUCAUGACGCGGGCUAGACUGCAAGAGCUCAUGGGCGACGACUGGAGGGACGACUUCUUCAUCGAGAGGAUGGAGUUCCCACAUAUCUGGGCCGUGCAUUUUGUCAUCUAUGGACCGUUGGGCCGAGGUGUGAGUAGCUGUCGCUUGUUGGACGCCUUGGGCAAGGGCUUUGCGGACUACAUUCGGGACAAGGUGGUGGAUGUACCGGAAAAGAUCUUGGACGAGGCCGCUGCUGUCAAGAAGGAAAGGAGGAGCAUGUUGUGA